GGCAACUGGCAUCUGCCACAGCCACAGCCGCAGCUGUCGGAGUCUGGGUUUGGGUCUGGGUCUGGGUCAGUCAUGCGCGCGAUCAGCCGCUGAGGCCGUGCGGUGGCUUGGCGAGCAGCGACAACAUGAUGAAGCUAUCGUCACAACAACAACAACAUCCACAACGGCAACGGCAACAACAACAGCAGGCAACAACACACGCACUGGCGCUGACCUUGCGCUGGCUCUGCCUGCUGCUGCUGGUGCACAGCGCCGCGCAGUUUGAGACAGACUGCGGCUGUCGACCCGGACGUCGCGAGGCACGGAUUAUUGCCGGCGCUUCCACGCACGAGGGCCAAUUUCCGUGGCAGGCCUCGCUGGAGCUGCUGCAUCCCUCGCUGGGCUUCCUGGGCCACUGGUGUGGUGCUGUGCUCAUUCAUCAGUACUGGAUACUCUCCGCCGCCCACUGCGUGCACAACGAUCUCUUUAAUCUGCCCAUUCCACCGCUGUGGACGGUGGUGCUGGGCGAGCAUGACCGCAAUGUGGAGACGGGCAAUGAGCAGCGUAUUCCCGUUGAGAAAAUUGUGCUGCACCAUCAGUAUCACAACUUCCGACACGAUGUGGUGCUUAUGAAGCUGUCCAAGCCCGCGGAUCUCUCACGCUCCUCCCACAUUCGGCGCAUUUGUUUGCCUUUUAUGCUGCGCGAAUCACCGGAGGCACCAGCGCCAACGACGGAGGAUGUUCUCAGCCAACAACUGGAGCUGGACGAUGUGCCUGAGAAGAUUGACAAUUUUCUGCGCAGCGCACAGAGUCGCAGACGCUACCGCAAUGUGACUGCUCCCAGUUCUACAGACGUGUCCAUGCGGGAGCUAAUGAACAUGAAGAUCCUCAGUCGUUUGCGCCAGGCGCUGAGGCAGUCCCAGCGCUCCCCCCGCAGCCAGAAACGCACGCGGCGGCGCAACGACAAGCUCAUGAAGCUGCAGCUCGACUCGGAGCAGGACACACAGUUCGCCAGGGGCGGGGACUCGCACGAGAUGCCCUUCAUUGACUGUGUGGCCACGGGCUGGGGCAAGGCCAACAUCAGCGGCGAUUUGUCCAAUCAGCUGCUCAAGACGCAUGUGCCGCUGCACCAGAAUGGCAGAUGCAGGGAUGCCUACGGCAGCUUUGUGAAAAUUCACAGCGGCCAUUUGUGCGCUGGCCAGCUCAACGGAGAGGGCGGCACCUGUGUGGGCGACUCCGGCGGGCCGCUGCAGUGUCGCCUCUCGCGGGAUGGGCCCUGGAUAUUGGCCGGAGUCACCUCCUUUGGUUCGGGCUGUGCGCUUGAGAAUUUCCCAGAUGUUUACCUACGCAUCUCGUACUACUUAAAUUGGAUUGAGGACACAAUUGCCUCACAUUAAGGCCAGUUCCAGUCCAAAAAUGUUAAUCGAUAGUCGUUAAUCGUUUAUCGAUAAUCUUGUACAGUUAUCAUGCUGCAUAUGUAUAUUUAUCGAGUGCAAACUUAGCUUACGACCACGAAUCAGAAUUACCAUUAACCUUAAUUUUUAUAUAAGCAUAGAAUGUUCCCUAA